AUUUGCUUGGUUUAAGUGAAAAAUUUACAUGUUAUAUGUCAAUGUGCAGUAUUUAUAGAUAGCUUUUACAGUUUUUGUUGAAUAUUGACAGAUAUUCUGGCUCAAAUAUUUAACAUUAUUUUAGUGUUUUAAAAGGAACAGACAUCAGAAAAUAAUACAAUUUUAAUCACAUUAUUUGAAGAUUUUGACAUCACAAGACACAUCAAAGAAUAUGUAAAAAGGCGAUAAUGAUAUAAUGUCCAUCAUUCGUCAUGUGAAGGAGCACGGUCUCGCCAAAACUUACCAGGACAGGACAACCGUUCAUCAGCUGAUAAGCAAGCUACUUGCCCUUCCUUUUCUACCGGGUCGGGACAUCGAGAGAGCGUUCCAACGUCUGAGGGACCGUGCCAUGACCAGCUCGCAGCCAGUGCGGGAUCUCUUCCAAUACGUCUGGGACCAGUGUGUCUACAGGCAGCCUGUAUGCACAAACAAUGACUGUGAGGGUUGGCACCUGCGCCUCAACCAGAAAGCUGGAUGCAGCACGCUCCCAUUCUACGUGCUAGUUCCACUUCUUCAUCAGGAAGGAAAGUUGGUAUCAAUCACUGUUGCUCUUGUCUCUCAACUGGCAGUGAUCAGAAACCGUGGUCAAGUGUAUGUGUCAAUGGACAAUCGUACUGGCGAGCUUUGGGACAAGUACGAUGACCAUGACAUUGUGUGUGAAGACUUUCUUGCCCGGGUUGGUGAGAUCUAUGGCCGUAUGUAAAUCUAAAACUCAAUUAAAUUGAAAAAACAGUGCCAGUGCUUAAUAAUAGACUGACCAGUGCUCAUCAUGUAAAUAGUGUACAAAGUGUAUUAUGUUUUAUGUGAUGUAUUUUUCUUAUUUGUGUCUUUGUUGUCUUUUGUAUAAUGUUUAAUAUUUAUGUUGUCUGUUUCAUGUAAAUAGUGUACAAAGUGUAUUUUAUUCAAUGUAUUUUAUGAUUUAUGUGAUGUAUUUUUCUUAUUUGUGUCGUUGUUGUCUUUUGUUUGACUUUUCUGUUUUACAGUAUUCUGUCUUUUGUAUAAUGUUUAAUAUUUAUGUUGUCUGUUUCAUGUAAAUUGUGUAAAAAGU